CUUCCAGCAAUCCAUCACAUCCCGAUCCAGCACAGCAAGACAACCGACAUGGCCGAUAGCUACAGAAUCGAGCACGAUACCUUUGGCGAAAUCAAGGUUCCUGCCAACCGCUACUGGGGCGCCCAGACGCAGAGAUCUCUCCAGAACUUUGAGAUUGGCGGGCACCGGGAGCGCAUGCCCGAGCCUGUUAUCGAAGCCAUGGCCAUUCUCAAGAAGGCCGCCGCCAUCGUCAACAUCGAUUAUGGGCUCGACCACAAGCUGGGCGAAGCCAUCUCCAAGGCGGCCGACGAGAUCCUGGCCGGCAAGCUGCACGACGAGUUCCCCUUGGUCAUUUGGCAGACCGGCUCUGGUACCCAGACCAACAUGAACGUCAACGAAGUCAUCGCCAACCGUGCCAACGAGAUUCUCGGCGUCCAGACACGCGGCACUCAGAAGCCCGUUCAUCCCAACGACACCGUCAACAUGAGUCAGAGCUCGAACGACACGUUCCCCACGGCCAUGCACAUCUCGGCCGUCCUGGAAAUCAACCGACGCCUGCUUCCCGGCCUUCAGGGGCUCCAGCGGGCUCUCCAGGAGUGCUCCGACAAGUGGAUGCACAUCAUCAAGAUCGGCAGAACGCACACCCAAGAUGCCACUCCCCUGACCUUGGGCCAAGAGUUCUCAGGCUAUGCGACUCAGGUUGCUUACAGCAUCGAGCGCGUCAAGGCCGCCAUUCCCCGUCUCAGCCAGCUUGCCCAAGGCGGAACAGCCGUUGGCACUGGUCUCAACACGAAGAAGGGCUUUGACGUCAAAGUCGCUGCCGAAAUCACAAAAAUCACCGGCACCCAUUUCACCGCCGCUCCUAACAAGUUCGAGGCUCUUGCUGCCCAUGAUGCCAUCGUCGAGGCGAGUGGCGCUUUGAAUGCCGUCGCUGCCUCGCUGAUGAAGAUUGCCAACGACAUCCGAUUCCUGGGAUCCGGUCCCCGAAGCGGCCUCGGCGAGCUUUCUCUUCCUGAAAACGAACCCGGCUCGUCGAUCAUGCCGGGCAAAGUCAACCCGACCCAGUGCGAGGCCAUGACCAUGGUCUGCAGCCAAGUCUUUGGAAACCACGUCGCCAUCACCGUUGCCGGCUCCAACGGCCACUUUGAGCUCAACGUCUUCAAGCCCGUCCUCAUCGCCAACCUGCUGCAGUCCAUCCGUCUUCUCGGGGAUGCUGCAGUGUCAUUCACCAAGAACUGCGUCGUGGGUAUCCAGCCCAACGAGGACAAGAUCAAGCAGCUCUUGCAGCAGAGUUUGAUGUUGGUCACGGCCCUGAACCCACACAUCGGAUACGAAAAUUCCGCCAAGGUCGCCAAGAAGGCUCACAAGGAGGGCACGACCCUGAAGGAGGCUGCCCUUGCCCUGGGUCUCUUGACCUCUGAGCAAUUCGACGCAUGGGUCCGUCCCGAGGACAUGCUGGGCCCCAAAUUGUAGAGGCUGAUUGAAAUACGCUGAUAACGAACUGAUCCGAAACAGGAGCUUGUCGUUCGGCAUCAGCCAAGUCUGCACGAGUACACUUGGUACCGAGAAUAAAGUGUGAUGUGAACCAACA